GGCCAGGACCCUUGCAGCGGGUCUUGACAUUUCGUCAUCCGGAAAUCUGUCAAGAACUGAUGAAGCAGCAACAAUUCGACGAUAACCUGUAAAGAAAAAAAGAAAGAAAAACACCAACACCUCCCGCAACGCGUGGGGUACAGAUUAGUUAGCGGCAUUCGCCGCACACACACAUUCUCAACCCCACUCGCCAUGAUCGCCAGCCCACCAUGACAUCGUCGUCGUCGCUGUCCCGCACCGAGUCGCUCAGUCUCCUCACCCUCUCGGCCGCCUGCGUCGCUAUCCUCUGCAACGUCUUCCAGGGCGAUGACAAGCCCCUCAUCGUAUCGCUGGCCCUCAGCGGGCUAGCCUUCAGCGCUACCUUUGCCCUCAUCCGCUGGCUCGGCCCGACCUUCAUCAAGGCCGGUUUCAAGGGCGUCGACCUGAGCAAACACAACCGCCGAGAGAUCCCCGAGUGCAUGGGCGCCGUGUGCGCCUCCGUCUAUCUGUUUGCUAUGAUCAUAUUCGUGCCCUUUGCCUUCUACAAGGAUGUAGUAGCGGCGACGAGUGGAGGCGGGAAUAGGGAUGUAGUGCUGCAGGUCGAACAUGUGCAGGAGGGCCGGUUCUUGCACCGGUUCCCGCAUAGCAAGCUUUCGUCCUACCUCUCAGCCAUCGUAUCACUACACACCAUCGCCUCCCUCGGCCUGGCCGACGACCUCUUCGAUAUCCGCUGGCGCCACAAGUUCUUCAUCCCCGCCUUUGCCGCAAUCCCCCUCCUCGUCGUCUACCGCGUCGACUUCGGCGUGACCUCCAUUGUCGUGCCGAUCCACCUCCAGCCUUACCUCGGCCAGCUCGUCGAGCUCGGCGCCCUCUACUACGUCUACAUGGCCGCCAUCGCCAUCUUCUCCCCCAACAGCAUCAACAUCCUGGCCGGCAUCAACGGCAUCGAAGUGACCCAGUCCAUCGUCAUCGCCGCGCUGCUCGCCUUCAACGACGCGCUCUACCUGCUCACCCCCUACCCGCACCCGGCCCUGGACUCGCACCUCUUCUCGCUCUCCUUCCUACUCCCCUUCCUGGGCGUCUCGUGCGCGCUGCUCUACCACAACUGGUACCCGGCGCGGGUCUUCGUCGGCGACACGUACUGCUACUUCGCCGGCAUGGUCUUCGUCGUCGUCAGCAUCCUCGGCCACUUCUCCAAGACGCUGAUCCUGCUGCUGCUCCCGCAGAUCUUCAACUUUGUCUACUCGGCCCCGCAGCUCUUCGGCCUCGUCCCCUGCCCCCGCCACCGCCUCCCGCGCUUCAACGCCCGCUCCGGCCUGCUCGAGCCCAGCGUCACCCCCUGGUCCGAGGCCCGCCAGCCGCGCGCCCCGAUAGCCUGGGCGUUGCGUCUGCUGGGAAAGCUGCGGUUGUUGAGGGUUGUGUUGGAUGGCGAGGGGCAGUUUGUGGAGACGAGCAAUUUCACGCUGUUGAAUCUGUGGUUGGUGUGGAGAGGCCCGCUCAGGGAGGACCGUCUGGCGGCGGAGAUUACGGCCGCGCAGGUGGCGGCUGGCGUGUUGGGGUUGUUUGUGAGGCAUUCGCUGGCGGGCUGGGUGUUUUUGGAGGAUAAUUGGAGCAUACACUAGUGUUGUUUCUAGAAUCUUAGAUAGAUAGAGGGGUUGGGUUGUAGAUAGAUUUCAAUAUCAGGGGUUCCUCUAUCGUUCCUA